CAGGCUCCUGCAGCAGGAAGGCACAAGGCUCCAGGACAGCCACAGGAGUUACCUGGGCAGGAUCGAGGCUCCAGGUACUGCCAUGGCACUCCCUGAGCUCCUCUGGAUAUGGCUGCUCGUCGCAGGGACUCACGGCCUGGAGGACGGCACCAUGAGGCUGGUGAACGGGGACUCGGCUAAUGAGGGCCGCGUGGAGGUCUUCUACAGAGGCCAGUGGGGGACCGUGUGUGAUGACGGCUGGGACCUGGACGAUGCCCACGUGGUCUGCCGCGCCCUGGGCUUCGAGAAUGCCACCCAGGUUCUGAGAAAUGCUGCAUUCGGGCAAGGAACGGGCCCCAUCAUGCUGGACGACGUGGAAUGCGUGGGCACUGAGCCAUCGCUGGGCGACUGCAAGUCCCAGGGCUGGCUGCAGAGCAACUGCGGACACCAAGAGGAUGCCGGCGUGAUCUGCAACAACAAAACCGCAGGCGUCUACACCCUCGACUUCUCUAGUGAGCUCUCGGAGGCCCUCAGUGGAAUCUUUGACAGCCAGCAGGGCUGCGACCUGUCCAUCCAGGUGCUGGUCGGGGGGAAGGAGGCCCUUAGCAUCUGCGCACACACGCUGAUCCUCUCUGCCAACCCUGAGGCCCAGAGCCUGGUGAGGAAGUCAGAAGGCAAGGUCACCAUGGAGGUGGACACCGAGUGUGUGCCCCUUGUCGAGGACUUUAUCAGGUACUUGUACACCCGCAGGCUUAACGUCUCCCUGAAGUCCGUGAAGUGCUUCCACCAGGUGGCCUCUGCCCACGGGGCCAAGCAGCUGCAGGACUACUGCGCGCACCUCUUCGCCGCCGUCAUCCCCCAGGACCCCUCCUUCUGGACGACCCUGGACCUCCACGCCUACGCCCUGGCCACCAGUGAUGCCCUGCUGGAGGCACUGUGCGUGCAGUUUCUGGCCUGGAACUUCGAGGCGCUGACGAAGGUCGAGGCCUGGCCCAGGGUGCCUGUCGCCCUGCUCCACACGCUGCUCUCCAGGAGCGAGCUGGCCGUGUCCAGCGAGCUGGCCCUGCUGAAGGCAGUGGACACCUGGGGCCAGGAGAAUCACGCCUCCCAUGGGGUGAUGGCGGGUCUGCUCGAGGGGGUCCGCUUCCCCAUGAUGCCGCCCACUGACCUAUUCGAGCUGCAGUUUAACGUGACCCUGUUCCAUGACCAUGAGUCGUUCUUUCAGAAGAAGAUGCUGCAGGCCCUGCAGUUCCACACGGUGCCCUUUCAGCUGCUGGCCCAGCACCAGGACCUGAACCUCAGCCAGGAUGCCUACCGACCCCGGCUCUACAUGACGCCCACCUGGAGUGCCUCCGUCUCAGGGGACCCCCACAACUCCCGGCUGGCGGCAACGUCCAGAAGGGAUGCCUACUUUUCCAAGUACUCCUACUAUACUCCUUACCCCCCAGCCCCUUCUGGCUACAGAUACUACCCCUUUCAGUCCUUCCAGACCCCCCAGCACCCCAGCUUCCUCUUCCACUCCACGUUCCUCUCCUGGUCGCUGUCCUACCUCCCCACCGUCCAGAGCUGCUGGAACUACGGGUUCUCCUGCUCCCCUGACGAGGUCCCUGCCCUGGGCCUGACCAGGUCCGACUACCCGGAUCCAGCCAUUGGCUAUGAGAACAAAGCCCUGAUGCUCUGCAGUGGCCGCUUCGUGGCCACUGUCACUGACUUCAGGGGCCAGAAGGCCUCGAUCCCCAGUGCCCUGAGCACCAAUGGCUCCAGCAACGUUUCCUUCUUCCCCUGCCCCACGGGCUCCUUCAACAGCUUCUACGCCAUCAUCCGCCCCUUCUACCUUACCAACUCCUCAGACGUCUGCUAGAUGGGGCAGCCAGGAGAGGCCAAGCACACCCUGGAAACACCCAGCCAAAGGCCUCUUUCCUCCCUAUGGCCACCUCCACAACCGGCCACCAGGUGUCUCCUCCUGCCUGCACCCAUCCUGAGCAUAUAGAAACCACUAGAAGAUUUCAACUAGUGCUUCCCCGAGUGCUGAGAACCCGCCCCCCCACCCCAAUACUCCUGCAUCCCAGCUGGCUCCAGGUGGAGGGGCAGCAAGACCUGAGCGCAGUUGUAUUGACUUUUCUCAGGUCCCUGGUCAGUCUCCCUUGCCUGAGAUCAUUAAACUUGCCUUGUGGUCCCUGGUACAUGCAUCCAUGCAGAAAGCGUUAUUGAGUCCGUGCUGUCUUCUGACGGUAGGGUGCUGGGCUCUGGGGUACAGUGAGAGAGAUGCGCAGGGUCCCUGCCCUCGAGAAGCUUACAGUCCAGUGGGAGAGGCAGGAGUACAAAAGUAAACAGAUGGCUGAGGUGACAGGGAAUGGCACUAAGGCUAAGGGUACAGCGGUCAAGGAACAGGGAGGAGCUGCAUUAUGUUGGUUCUCCGUGAAGGAAUGAGCACCAACUAGGUCUGAAGGACAAGGAGCAGAAGACAAGUGGAAAACUGAGGGGUGUGUUCCAGGUAAAAGGAUCAGUAGGUUCUGGGACUCUACAAACCCUCGCGUGUGAGCAUGGGGGCGAAAGCCAGUUGCCAUUGACUCAAUUCCAACCCACAGUGACACCACAUGUGUCAGAGUAGAACUGUGCUCUAUAGGGUUUUCGGUGGCUAAAUUUUCAGAAGCAGGUCACCAGGGCUUUCCUCCAAGAUGACACUGGGUGGACUUAAACCUCCAGCCUUUCCGUUAGCAGCCGAGCACGUUCACCACUUGCACCACUCAGGAACACCCGGGAACAAAGCACAGACAGUCUCAUUUCAGUGUUGUUUAUAAGAAUGGAAAAUUGGAAACCAUCUAGACACCCAUCAAUGGGGUGCUUGACCACAAAUAAGACCCCACGAUGGGGUUCAGUCAGUCAGAGGAUUUCUGGAACAAGAUUGGGGUGGCGGCAGGGGAGACUCAAAA